AUGCUCUCCCUCCCAUUCAUCACCCCCCGCGACUCCCAUGAGCUCUGGUUCGGAGGCUCCCAACCAUACCGAUCCUCCUCCCCACAGCAAAACCCAAAUGACCCCGCCAACCAUCCCCGCCGCAAUGCCAACACAACCACCCAUCGCGCCUUCAUGCCCUCCCGCUCCCCAGCGAACUCCCUCUCAGCACUCCUAGUCGAAGAACGCGCCCUGCGCACCCGCAAACAGAAUAUCGCCUCGUUUGGCUACUCCUGGAUCAGACCCGCAGGAUGCGCGAAGACUAUGCUUGGCAUGAAAGAAGAGGAGGCUGAGCGCGAAGAAGCCCUCUUGGCUGCGCAGGCUGAGAUGAAUGCUGCUGAAGGGGAGGGACUGAUGGAUGAUGAUACAGGGGUGCGUGAAGAAGAGGAGGAAGAGGGAAUGGAGCGGGAUUUGGAUGAUGAGAUUCCUGAUGCCGAUGUCGAGGCCGAGGGUCUUGUUGAGGAAGGCGAGGAAGGCCUUGAAGAGGAGGACAUUGCUGACGAGGAGGGCUAUAUGGAACGUGAUCUGGAUGAUGAUAUCCCCGAGGGAUAUCCGGACGAUGACUACGAUGAGUACGAGGAUGAUUUCGAUAAUCAGCCGGAUUUGGAUGCGGCGGUUCCGACUGCCGAGGGGCUGAGUGAUGGUAUGGAGCGGGAUCUUGACGAUGAUGUUCCCGAUGCUGCGGAGGAUGGUUCGGAGCAGGAGGGUGAAUGGCAGCAUACGGAUACUGAGGACGAGCUUGAUGAGGAGGAUGAGAAUGAGAAUGGGGAUGAUGAGAUCGUCGGUGCGCGUCCUUCGGAGCACUUCAGGACCAGCACGCCUAAUAGCCGGGGUGGAUUGCCUCCGCCGCCGCCUCGGCGUGAGCGGGAGACGGAAGCUCAGUCGCGCUUCUUGCAACGUUGGAGUGGCGGAGGUGAUGCUUUUGAUUCAAGCAGUAUGAUGUUUGAGGAGGAUGACUUGCGCGCCUCGGUGACGAGCCAGACUAGUCGCCGCAGUGGGUUUGCUCGACGAUUCCCUCGACGCGUGGGCGGGCCUCGAGACAGUAUCAAUUGA